CAUCAAAGAUGGACUGGCUCAUCUGAACAGAAUUGGAAAACCAUCAACAUGAAGGCUGCAUCUUUCCUCAUUUCGCUGUUGGUCACCUUUGCCGUGUGCACGCAAAUAGCUCAGGCAUUGAUUUGCUUCACAUGUGAAGACCAGACUUCAAACUGGGCCUGCCUCCGUAUGACCAUUUGCCCCAAGGAAGCGAAAAGAUGCAUCACUGUUGGCACAGUCUCAGGAACCGGUAAUAAGAGCAACGUGCUCAUCACCAAGAAGUGUGCCCAGAGUUGUCCAUCUGAACGGGAUUUUCCCAACCGAACACUCAACUCUAUUUUCUGCUGUGAAAACACCUGGUGCAACAUCGGGCGCCCAAAAUAAAAAAAGGUUCAAAUAGAAGGUUUCAUCUGGAAUAAUUCAGCUGCUGGAUUCUCUGAGCUCAGAUAUUCCGGCCUGGAAAGGAAUUACGAAGGCUCCUUGGCUUACCUGCCCAUCACAACUCAAGCCUGAAAGUUUUCUUCUGCCAUUAAACUUUGCAUUAUAAGAUCCGUGAGUUGAAACUGGACUCAGCCAUAAGUC